UGCGCGACCGGCUCGGGACGCCAGCCGAGCCGGGCCCUGGCGCCGCGUUGCAGGGUCCGAGUAGGGGCUGCCGGCCAGGUAAGGAGGGCGCACGGCCCAGGUCGGCGGCGGCUCGCCAGCUUCCGCGCCUCUGAAGUUCUCUCCCCCAUCCCGUCCCAGCGGGGUCCCUGAGCCCCGGCCCCGCGCGUCCUCCCGCAGCGACUCGCCGCGGGCCCUGGCACAGUGACCGGCAGAGGGUGGGUGUCAUUCCACAGCCUGAUGAUGAAGCGGAGCCUACUGUGCUGGCCCCUGUCCUGCUUCCUUGUGCUGCUGUCCUGGCCUCUGGCCACUUCAACAUCAGUAACUCCUUGGCUGUGUCCACCUGGUGAGGAGCCUGACCCGGACCCAAGGCAGGGCACCUUAUGCAGGUCCUGCUCUCCAGGCACCUUCUCAGCCUCAUGGGGCACCCACCCAUGCCAACCUCAUGACAGUUGUAGACUUCGAGGGAGGUUAGAGACCCAGACUGGCACAGCAACUCAAGAUACAGUCUGUGGAGACUGCCAGCCUGGGUGGUUUGGGCCAUUGGGGCUUCCUCAUGUUCCAUGUCAGCCAUGUGCUGGGGCACCUGCAAGUACUGGUGGCUGUGAUGAUUGGGGGCGGCGGGCCCGGCGUGGUGUGGAGGUGGCUGCAGGGGCCAGUAGCAGUGGUGAGCCUCGGCAGCCUGGGAACAGCACGCGGGCAGGUGGCCCCGAGGAGAGAGCUGCCCAGUAUGCGGUGAUUGCCAUCGUGCCUGUCUUUUGUCUCAUGGGGCUGCUGGGCAUCCUGGUGUGUAACAUGCUCAAGCGGAAGGGCUACCAUUGCACAGCCCACAAGGAGGUUGGACCCAGCCCUGGAGGAGAUAGCGGGAUCAACCCUGCCUACAGGAUGGAGGAUGCCAAUGAGGACACCAUUGGGGUCCUGGUGCGCCUGAUCACAGAGAAGAAAGAGAACGCAGCGGCCCUGGAGGAGCUGCUGAAAGAAUACCACAGCAAACAGCUGGUGCAGACAAGCCACAGGCCUGUGCCCAGGCUACCACCAGCCUCCCCCAGCAUGCUGUACACCUGCCCGCAUCGCCACCACCUCCAUACCGUGCAGGGGCUGGCCUCGCUCUCUGGCCCCUGCUGCUCCCGUUGUAGCCAGAAGAAGUGGCCAGAGGUACUGCUGUCCCCUGAGGCCGCAGCUGCCACCACUCCUGCUCCCAGCCUCCUGCCCAACCCAGCCAGGGCUCCCAAGCCAGGGGCCAAGGCAGGUCGUCAGAGCGAGAUCACUAUCUUGUCUGUGGGCAGGUUUCGUGUAGCUCGCAUUCCUGAGCAGCGGACCAGUUCUGUGAUAUCUGAGGUGAAGACCAUCACGGAGGCUGGGCCUUCAGGGGGUGAUCUCCCUGACUCUCCACAGCCUGGCCUCCCCACUGAGCAGCAAGCACUUCUGGGAAGUGGUGGAAGCCAUACUAAGUGGUUGAAGCCCCCAGCAGAGAACAAGGCCGAGGAGAACCGUUAUGUGGUUCGGCUAAGUGAGAGCAACCUGGUCAUCUGACCGGCUGUGUAGUAUGAGACACUCCGCCCUGCCCUGCGAGGUUCCGAAGGCUUCCUGCAGGAGGGAGAGCUGCAGCUGCGACUGAGGACCAAGAUGCAAAGGCCCAGCAGACAAGACAAGGGCCAAGGCCUGGAGGUGGGACCGUCCGCCCCAUCAAGGAGGCAGGCAGCCGGCCGGCACCAUGCUCAGGAGAUCGAGAGCCCUGCCCUGUCCCUGCAGCCCUAGUUACCUCCAUGCAGGGUACCCCAACCCUGUGCCUGGCCUGGACACCUCAUAGGAGCCCACAGGGUCCUCUGUCCCCUAGGGGUCUGGGUUUGGUGGAGGGGUAGUACUUGUACUUGUCCCUAGCCUGUGCCUUGGGAGCUUGCCGCUCUUGUUCCCAUCCUGGACCCUUCUGGCAGGUUCUAUAAAGGGAAGGGGUAGUAAAGAGCCCUGCACUGGGGACAGAGCACCUAGGUUCUAAUCUUGGGUUCAUCCCUGGGUCCCAGCUUUUCUGACUGUGAAGUGGGGAGAGGACAGGUCAGUACCCAGGUCCUCUCCAGCUCUUUGCAGGUUCUGGGCCGGGUCCUGUUGGGGAGAGUUUGACUCUGCCAUCCUCCCAUCAUUAGUAGCUUUAUCUGGCCCGUUUUUGCUGCUUCCUGGGUCUUGGCCCUAAAGGUUCCCAUGGGGUUGUCCAUCAUGGCACUGCCUACAGAAGGGGCUCUUAAUGCAUGUGCCUGCCCCCACCCUGCUGUUUUUAAUGAAGCUGAAGAAUGACUUGACUUGGACAGGGCUGUGGUGAAGAGCCCAAUCUACCCUGCUGCCUUUGAGCUCUGGAGCUGCAGGGAGAGGACUGCCAGCAGGCUGGAGAAUCCCUCUGGUCUUAGGGGUUUCCUUGUCGUGUGGCGCAGUGUCUGCCCAAGCUCUGGGUAGCACAGGUGACUGCCGGCCCAGCUCAGCCAUCUCCACGCUAGUUCAGUGCCUGGUUAUUUAUGUGGGGCCGUGCAGGCACAGGCCCACUGCCCAUCCCAUUUCGUAUUUAUUAAAAUCUGCUGUUGUCCUGUCCUUACAUCUCCAGCCCUAAAACACUUAAUAAAAGGUGGAAAGUGGUGUCGUAAGGAGCCUCCUUUCCUUGUUCCUUCCCUGGAACUCUCGUCCAUCACACAUAUCCAGGGCCUGGCUGCUGCCCAGUGUGCCACACAGGGUGUCCCUCCCCUCAUCAGUGGGCUCUUCAGCCUGGAAAUCAGGCAGAGGUGGCCUCCAUCCCAUUCUCACCUGGAUCCAGGGAGGCAGGGCUUCCGCACAGAAAUAGAAUAAGUUUUUAAAAAGGUGAAGUGACCUGGUAUGGUA